AUGGAGGAGCAAACCAACAAACCCCAUCGCAAGCCCAAGGAGAAAAAGAAGUACGAUGGCCCUAAUCCGAAGGCGUUUGCGAUCGCAAACCCGGGAAAAGGAAAGAGACAAGCUGCACGGUCUCAUGAUAUCAAAGAAAAACGGCUGCAUGUGCCCCUCGUGGACCGCCUCCCCGAGGAGGCUCCCCCGCUCGUCGUCACAGUGGUUGGGCCUCCUGGGGUCGGAAAGACAACUCUCAUCAAGUCAUUGAUCCGACGGUACACGAAACAGACUUUGAGCUCGCCGAAGGGGCCGUUGACUGUCGUCACGUCAAAGCGACGCAGGCUCACUUUCAUCGAGUGUCCGUCAGACUCGCUGGCUAGCAUGAUUGAUGUAGCGAAGAUCGCAGACAUCGUGUUGCUCAUGAUCGAUGGGAACUAUGGGUUUGAGAUGGAGACGAUGGAGUUCUUGAAUGUGCUUGCGGCGAGCGGCAUGCCGGGUAACGUGUUUGGGAUCCUCACCCAUCUCGACCUCUUCAAGAAACAGAGCACAUUGCGGACCGCCAAGAAGCGGCUGAAGCAUCGCUUCUGGAGUGAGCUUUACCAAGGCGCCAAGCUCUUCUACCUGUCUGGUGUCAUCAACGGGCGAUACCCGGACCGAGAGAUACACAACCUCUCCCGCUUCCUUUCCGUCAUGAAAAACCCCCGCCCGUUGAUUUGGCGGAAUUCACAUCCCUACUGCCUCGCAGACCGCUUCCUCGACAUCACCCCGCCUACUCAAAUCGAAGAAAAUCCGAAGUGCGACCGGACGGUAGCCCUGUAUGGGUAUCUACGCGGCACCAACUUCCCUGCGCAGGGAGCUCGUGUGCAUGUUCCGGGAGUUGGCGAUCUCACCGUAUCUGCGAUCGAAGCUCUCCCUGACCCUUGCCCGACUCCGUAUAUGGACCAACAAAUGGCCAAAGCGACGGGAAAGUCAAAACAACGAAGAUUAGGCGAGAAGCAGAAAUUACUGUUUGCGCCGAUGUCGGAUGUGGGCGGUGUCUUGGUGGAUAAGGAUGCUGUGUACAUUGAUGUUAAAACUUCAACGUUCGACAAGGACGCACAGGGCGAGAAUGAGGAACGAGGCUUGGGAGAGCAGUUGGUAAUGGGUCUACAGAAUGAACGGAAGCUGCUGGGCGAGGCAGACGAAGGAGUACGCCUCUUCCAUGGCGGCGAGACCAUUCAGAAGGAAGAUGAAGAAAAUGAUACGGGCCGAAAAGAAAAACGAAAAGUCAGAUUCAUGGACGAUGAGCAGGCCAAUGGAUUCGCUUCAGAGGAUGAACAUGAAGGGGAUGAGAGUGGAGAAGACGAUGACGAAGAUGGAGAUGGUGGUGAUGAUGAGGAUGAUGAAAACGAGAACGAAGAUGAAGACGACGACGACGAUGACGACGAUGAUGAAGGCGAGGAAGAAGAUAUACAGCCCCCAGCCGAUUUCGCCGACCGUUUCCGUGAGAAGCAGAAUGGGCACGCGAAACGCGAGGAAGGCGACAUUGUUUUCGCGGACAGUGAUUCAGAUCUCGGCUCACUCUCCCCAGUCGAGGACCAGGAACUAGAAAGUGGUCCUGAUGAGGACGAGGAUUUCGACGAGGAUGAUCUGGAUGAAGAAGAUGAUGGGGCGCUUCGCUGGAAGGAGAACAUGCUGGAAAAUGCCAAGGCCCUUUAUGGCAAGCGACCCAAAUUCCGUGUCGCCGAGUUAAGUCGAAUGCUGUAUGACGAAUCCAUAUCGCCGGCUGACGUGAUCAAACGGUGGCGAGGCGAGGAUGACGAGGACGCAGAUGAGGAGGCGCGGGAUGAAGACGGGGAGGAGGAGUUUUUCAAGAAGACCAACGUCGAGAAGGAGGACCAGUGGGAUGAUCGCGCGAUCCCGGACUUCGACUACGACGAAUUGGAAAAGAAAUGGAGCGACAACGACGCCAUCGAGGCCUUGCGUCGUCGUUUUGUUAGUGCCAAAUUAUCUGGAGGUGACGGCGACGAUGGUGCUGAUGGAGGCGAUGAUGGCUCAAACGCGGGCUCAUCUGACGAUGAGGGAGAUGGUGCAUAUGAGGACCUCGAGACUGGAGAAGUUUUCAAAGGCAAGAAUGAAAAGGACGAAAAGGACGAAAAGUCAGACAGCGAGAGUUCUGUCGACAUGGAGGCGGAGCGCGAGCGCAACGCCAGGAAGAAGGAAGAGCUCCGACUUCGCUUUGAAGAGGAAGAUCGCGAGGGUUUUGCCAACUCGAAGGACGGUUCUCGCCAACCAGGUGAGGCUACCGAGGAGCGGAAGUUCGGCGAAGACGAAUGGUACGAUGCGCAAAAGGCACAACUGCAGAAGCAACUGGACAUCAACAAGGCCGAGUUCGAGUCGCUCGAUGCUGUCUCCCGCGCGCGAGUCGAAGGAUACCGGGCUGGGACGUACGCACGCAUUGUGCUCGAAAAGGUGCCGUGCGAGUUUUCCACCAAGUUCAAUCCGCGAUUCCCGAUCAUCGUUGGCGGCCUGUCGCCGACCGAGGAACGGUUUGGCUAUGUCCAAGUGCGAAUCAAGCGGCAUCGAUGGCACAAGAAGAUCCUCAAGAGCAACGAUCCGCUCAUUUUCUCUCUGGGUUGGCGCCGCUUCCAAACGCUGCCGAUCUACAGCAUCUCCGACAACCGGGUGCGGAACCGCAUGUUGAAGUACACGCCAGAGCACAUGCACUGCUUUGCGACAUUCUACGGACCCCUUGUGGCGCCCAACACUGGUUUCUGCUGCGUCCAGUCCUUUUCGAACAAGAACCCUGGGUUCCGCAUUGCGGCGACGGGCGUGGUGCUCAGUGUGGACGAGAGCACGGAGAUCGUCAAGAAGCUGAAGUUGACUGGUUUCCCGUACAAGAUCUUCCGCAACACGGCGUUCAUCAAGGACAUGUUUAACUCGGCCCUAGAGAUCGCCAAAUUCGAAGGCGCUGCGAUCCGCACUGUGUCGGGGAUCCGGGGUCAGAUCAAGCGGGCGCUGAGCAAGCCUGAGGGCCAUUUCCGUGCGACGUUUGAAGACAAGAUUUUGAUGAGCGACAUUGUCUUCCUGCGCGCCUGGUAUCCGAUCAAACCGCACCGGUUCUACAACCCGGUCACCAACCUGCUGGACCUGGACGAGAGUGGAGCCGGCGACAGCGGCUGGCAAGGCAUGCGUCUGACGGGCGAGGUGCGGCGCGAAAAGGGAAUCCCGACGCCUGUGAAGAAGGAAUCGAUCUACCGGCCGAUCGAACGGCCGGAGCGGCACUUCAAUCCGCUGCGGGUUCCUCGCCAGCUGGCAGCGGACCUGCCCUUCAAGUCGCAGAUCACGCAGAUGCGUCCUCGCAAGCAUGAGACGUACAUGCAGAAGCGGGCGGUGGUCCUGGGCGGCGAGGAGAAGAAAGCGCGCGACCUGAUGCAGAAACUGACGACGCUGCGCAAGGAAAAGGCGGCCAAGCGGGCGGCGAAGCAGGAGGAGCGAAGGCAGGCGUACCGGAAAAAGGUGGCGGAGAGUCUGGAGAAGAAGGCGGAGCGGGAGAAGCGGGAACGAGACGAGUUCUGGCGACGAGAAGGAAAGAAGCGCAAGAAUCAGGAGGGCCAAGGAGCUCUCUCUCCGAUUCUCCGGCCGGCUGCCAGCGAAUCCGACACGCUCUCGUUCGAUUUGACCCGCCAGGCCACGCGGGUUCGUCCGCUUGGGCCUCGCUGCGGACGGUGGAGACUGCAGCCGGCUGUCAACGGGCGCUGCGCUCGUGCCAGUUUCGAUCAGCGUGCAAUUCCACAGCCUGCAGAACGCAGGACAAUCAAGGCCAUCGGACACGUUCCUUCUCGACGCGCCAUUAAUCACGAUUGCCCGAUUUCGGAGUCAUUGGGACGACAGAUCUGCAGCGUGGCCCUCAGAGCCGGUGAUGACGCCUCGCCCGGGGCCAGGCUAGUACAGCUCCUACCAAUACAGAUACGGCCUCUCUGCCAGCUGUCUGAUGGCGAGGCACUAGCCAUGAACGACUCCAACCUCAUCCAGCCCAACAAGGCACCAGGUUUGCUCCGACCGUCGCCUGCUGCCUCGUCGAGACUGCGCGACGGACGCGGAGACGGGGCGGGUCCGCCUGGUGCUGCUGGGGCUGGCGACAUCGCGAGCGCCGGACAUAGCAGUUCCCAAGACGAUCUGGUUCCACUCCCAGCCCGGACCCCGGAUGUCGAUGUUGCUGUCUCGCACGCGUCGGCACUGUCGUCGUCACCCUCCAAGCGGGAUCCUCCUCCUGCUGCGUCUCCCAAGAGGAAUCUCUCUACUUCGCAGUCCGCGUCCUUCAGCGCGAUGGACGCGAAGCCAGCCUCCUUGACUGCCGCCUCGGCGAGCGCAUUUUCGGGCGAACAGACGCCACGACGCGGAUUGAAUGACCCCGCGACUUCCGCGAUGCGCACAGCCGUUGAUUGUCCCGUUUCCCAGCCAUUGUCGCCAGAGAAGCAGAGCAAUGGCUCUGCGCCGCGUCUGGCCAACAGUCCCUCGAAGACGGCGACUGCUUCACGGCUGGAACUGGUUCCAGGACAGAAGAGAACAGCCACGGGGGAAAUCAAGCCCGCCGCGCCCAGCACCAUGUCGCAGGUCCCGGCUACAAAUGGAGCUAUCCAUGCGAGGAAGAUGAGUGCAGAUUCUAGAAUCGCAGAGCUCUCUGCCCAGCUCCGCGCUCGUCUCUCGUAUGCGGCCGCGAAAGUGGAAAAGAGUUGGCAAACACGGCAGGGAGAGGGCGACCGGCGACGUUACAACGGUUCGCCAGAAGGGACGACCGUUUCGGCGCCAGAUUCCUUUCGACACGACAGUUCGCGCGCAUCAAACCCGGUUACAUCAACUGCCCCGUCAUCCUCAUCGUACCGGCCACAGACUUCUCGUUCGAGUCUCCCACCCCCGCAGACCACGCCGCUUCACACGCAGCAGGCCCCGAAACUGGCGCCGCCUGCCGACAUUGUAGCGAGCGGGGGGAGCAGCGCGCGUCGACGUCCUAAUCCAAAUGCAACGGAUGCCACUACUGAGUACAACCCUUACCCUCGCCAUCGCCGUCACUACUCGGAACAGCAGGCGCGUGCAUCCCGGCCCGACACCACCGCAAUUCCAGGCACACCCCCUUCCUCCCUCCCGGCGUCUACACCCAGCGCCAUGGGCAAUCUGCCUACGAUCAAGCACCGCACACCAUCCCAGAAUGCGCUGAUGGAACAGGAUGCGAUCGAGACCUUGCUCUUCAUGUCCAGUCCGGAGAAUUCAGGCUAUCAUUCGAGUUCCCAAUCGCGACAGACGAACGUCAGCAUGAGCAUCGAAGCGCAGAUGGGAUCUACGCAGAGCUCGCAGAGCAGUAAUGCUUCGAAUGGAUCGCAUGCACAGCUGACGCAGAAGGGCGGGUUCGUCGGGAAUGCACCAGUCUCUAGCGGGCAGCCGAUCGGGCCUGAGGCUCAGGCGGGAGACGAGAUUGAUCGGAUGUUGAACCAGAUGAGAAGAGCCAGCGAGGGGGAGACGCGAUUGAGCUCGUAUGAUUACAGCAUUGACAGUUGGAAGCAUUAA